CAAGAUGAUCAAAUCCUUCAAGCAAACAUUUCUGUCCCUGGAUCUGCAGUCCCCUCGGUGGAGCUCAGCAGAGACUGUGGCAAAGGAUUACGAACUGCGUCAGUAUGAGACAGCCAAGUGGGUUAGCACUGUCAUUAGGGGAGAGACCCAGAAGGAGGCGAUGCGCCAGGGCUUUUGGAAACUCUUCCACUACAUCCAAGGGAAGAACGAGAAAGAAAUGAAGAUUGAUAUGACUGUCCCAGUGACAUGUCUGAUAAAGUCUGGCUGUGCAGACUUCAAGGUCUCUUUCUUUUUGCCAUUUGAACAUCAGGACGCCCCACCACAGCCCACUGACUUGGAUGUGUUUGUUGAAGAGCGAAAGGGAGCAGGCAUCUUUGUCAGGUCCUUUGGUGGUUUUGCCUCACCAGAGAAAUAUGCAGAGGAAGCUGAAGUACUGGCCAGAAUCCUGAGAAACAGAGGCCAGCUAUUCCAUGAAGACUUCUUCUACACUGCAGGCUAUGACAGUCCCUUCAAGCUCUUCAACAGGCACAAUGAAGUGUGGUAUUUUAAGAAGUAAUACGGGGCAGGGGAAAAACAGUAAGAAGCUACUAAUUAGUUCUGGAUGAGAACAGGCCUCAUUAUCAGCUCUUGCUUUAAUGCAGAAGAGACUAAAUUUGCACAUGGACACAGAAGCAUCUCUAAUGCUUUUUAUUAGGAUGGAAGACUACUCUGGCUAAAAAGAUCUUCAGCUCUCCUUUUACAACAUGAAGCUUAAAUUCAGGUAGCUCAUACCAGUUUGGGGAGUUGGAUGGAAAUGACUCAAUUCCACUCCUUCUACUGAAAUUCUGGGGAAACCUUGUGAUCCAAAUUGUCCUGUAGUAAUUUCAGACCUCUAGUUUUACUUCUCAUUAGAAGUGCUAUACCUGUAUUGUUCCAGCAUUAUGGAGAGUGAGCUCUUCACAGAGCUGACUUUUCCCAUAUUGAUCUCACUCUUGAGACAACACAAAUAGGGGGAAGUACAUUAAAGCACUUUUAAGAGAAGAAACCUGUCAUUGAGUUUUGGAAAGCAGCAAUGCUGUAGCAGGCUCUAUUGCCUCCUAAGUAUUAGUACUACCUUUUUUUUAAUAGGGUUAUCAAAAUCCCCCAUCUUUCUGCUCAUACUUUUCUUCCCAGCAGAGGCUGCAUGCAGUCCUACUCUACACUAGCACCAGUGACCAAAUGAGACUGAGAAGCCAGGGGAGAACGGUUAACACCGUCUAAGCUGUAUGCUUACUUCGUGUACAUCUACUGUAGGUUCAUAACAGACUUCUUGCCUUUAUGGUACUUUCAUAGUUUCAGUUCUUGAAAUAUACAAGCUGCACUGUUUUAUAGGUGAAAGAGCUAAACAUUAAGUGCUACUUCAAUUACUUAGCUAUGCUCAAAUCUAUGCAUGAUUCAAGCCAACUCUACUCUGCCUUAACACUAGCAAUAAUGGUAUGUCCGACACCCCGCAAGUUAGAAGACACCUGUAGAACUCCUGUUUUCCUUACAUUGAUUUCCUCUGCCCUAAUUCAAGCUUUUGAAGCUUUCAUAAAAUAGCCUGGAGCUUCAACAGCAAGCUAUUCAAGUCAGAAAGCAGUUCACAACAACAGGCAGAGUUUACAAGAUUUUAUUGGCUCCAAUCAGUAUCAGGUAUUACCACCAAAGCCCUGGCUUUUUUACUGCUGUUCAUGUAGUGUAACCCCUUGUUCUGCAAUCUUCCACCUAUUAAGACAGACACAGGAACUGUUAUAUAGGGCACCAAACUGACAAGAAGCUUGCUGGGAACAACUCAGACCUUAGAUUUUCAUCUCUGUUCAGAGAGAGAGUUCAAGCUAAGGUUGUAAUCAUCACUUGUUCCAGCAACAGAAUUUCCAUAUUGCUGCAGUCAGGAAUACUCACCUUUUUGGUUCCUCAUACAGUAGUUUCAAAGCUGCCUCCCAACCUAAAUCAAGAAAACAGGCUUAACAUAUGCAGUAGCACAACUGCAAAAAGCUUCCUUCAGCAACUAUGUAACCUCAGAAAGAAUGGAACGGAAAUGGGUGAUAUCACAGCAAUUCAUCUGGCAGAAUCAAAUUUCAUCACUGGCUACAAAUAUUCCCCAAAGUUCUUUAGGAAAAAAUUAAUCUGUUGUGUGAUCUUACCUAAUUAAGUGGCAGACAGAACAGCCCUUUCCUGAGGAAGAACAGAAUUGCUUUAGAACAGCGAACAUCACUAUAUGCAAGUCUAAUUAUACAUCUAUGAAACCGUAUUUACCAAACUAAUUACAGCUUAAAGGAGGCUACAUUUCAGGUGCUAGCUGGCAAGAGCUUCAAAUCAUAGCAUGUAAGUAGGAUUUAGAAAGCUUACAAAUCCUAGCUGAAUUUGAAAUACAUAAUUACUAGCAUUAGGAGACUAACAUUAGAAGAAUCAGGAAAAAGCAUAUAGCCACUAGUUUGUGAUACUGCCCCUCCCCAAAGUCUUAUUCAAUUACGAUGAGUUUUGGUACCUAAAAUACAAACUCCACAGAACUCUUAUCUUCAAAACCUAUCCUCAAAAGUGAAGAAAGCCAGUCUACAGAAGGAAACAAGUUUUUACAGUAAUCAGCUAGAACUUGAACUUAAUCCUAAAUUUGUGUACAAACAACAUAAUUAAGAUCAUCACUAUUUAAGUAAUUUUUGCCAGCUACAAGAAACAGCCUUUUCUUUUUCAAGUGCCUCAGCGUUGCACUGUCAGUGCAUAGAAUAGCCAGAUACAGACAGGAGUUGUGUGCUUGUUACUGUGCACUCUGCUGAACUAUGUCACCAAUGUUGUAUUGGCUGAAGUGGCCUCAUCACUGAUUCUGUUUCUUUACUACUUCCACUGUGUGAAGACAUCAAGCAAUAAAAGCCAUUUUCUUUAGUCA